CUGUGAGACCGUUCGUGUCUGACGUGUUUUGGCUUGUAAUGAGACUGUCGUGUAUGUUUGCGUACUUUUAGCUCUUGGGUUUGUUUUUAAGGCCCGUUUUCAGUUAGACCGCUGCUUGGUCUCGGUGUUCCGUCUCUGCGGGACUCUCACGGUAAAGCGCCUCUCCGUUAAGAUGGCUGAUCACUGGAACAGAGGACAUGGUGCUGUCGAUGAUAUGUUGGACGCAGAAAACAAACGCAUGGCUGAAAAUCUUGCAAGCAAAGUAUCCAGACUGAAGUCGUUGGCAUAUGACAUUGACAAAGACGCUGACGAACAGAAUUCAUACUUGGACGGCAUGGACUCAAACUUCCUCAGUGCAACUGGACUGUUGACAGGUAGCGUGAAGAGGUUUUCCACAAUGGUCCGUUCUGGCAGAGAUAACCGGAAGAUCCUGUGCUAUGUAUCCAUAGGCCUGGUUCUAAUAUUCUUUGUGCUUUACUAUGUAGUCAGAAGAAUACAGAAUUGACAGAUAUUUUUCUAGCACAUUCUAUUAUUUCUUUUCUCAGUUUUAUGAGAAAAGUAUUAUUUUGUGUGAAUGCAGUACUUCAUUCUUGUUUACACAAGAAAACAUUUUUACUGAUGUGUUCAGCUGGCAUUGCCCCAGUACACUUAAAGAGGAAGAUUCAACAGAAGGGUCAUUGGAGAUGCUUGCUCACUAUAGUAAUAUUGCUUUGUUUGCCUUACAGUUAUAGCACAAUUUUUAAUGCUUGAAAAAUAACAUGAAUAUUCUGAGGACCAGUUUCCAUAAUUUCAGUCUUUUCUAAUAAUUUCUGUACAUAGAAAAGUGACUUUUGGGUAUGAGGACUAAAAUUCUGUAUGGCUGGAUUAUGUUUGUACUAAUAGUUGAGUAUAUAACUAAGAAUAGAGUUAUCUCUAAUAUUAAUAAUAAGCAAGAUGUUACUAAAAUGACACAUUAUUCAAUAAAAUUUCUUUUAAACAUCUUUUUUA